AUGCAUAAGGCUAUUAAUAUUACAGGAACAGUUCUCGAAUCGCUGAAGAAACACGAUAUUUUCAAAGAUGUGUUGUUGUCCACGGGAGUAGACACUUUCAAGCCAGCAGGCACUCUGGCGAUAGAGUACCCUGUCCCAGACGUUACUGUGGCCAUGGGGAACAAAUUGACCACGGGUACCACUCAGGAGAAGCCAAAAGUGUUCUACGCCGCGGACCAGGCUCACCCGCUGGACCUCACUGCCUCUUACACCCUCGUCAUGACUGACCCAGAUGCUCCCUCCAGAACAGACCACAAAUGGUCAGAAUACUGUCACUACGUGGAAACGGGGGUCAAAUUUAAGGACCCCAGCGGUGGGUUCGUCGAGGGGGGGCACAUCUUGCAACCGUACUUGGGGCCGGGGCCACCAGAGGGGACAGGGUUCCAUAGGUACGUCUGGUUGUUGUACCAGGAACCAGGUGCUGGUCCUAAACAGUUGAGUGCGAUCGGGGAUAGACCUAAUUGGGGGUUUGGUCAACCGGGUGUUGGUGUUGAUAAGUGGGCCAAUUUGAACAGUUUGAAACUCUUGGCUGUCAAUUUCUUCUUCGCAGAGCAUGAGUGA